CAUAAACUGGCAAUAGGAAAUGAAUCGGGCUGUGAGAGGAAUCGCCUUUCCACCCUACUGAGAAAAGAGACACUCCGUCUAGUUCUCUGUAGCGACAGUGAGCGCUGCCUCGUUUGUCCAGCUCGGCUCCUCUCGGCGCUGUCCCUCUAUUGUAUAACUCGAGUCUAGUUCAUUUGGGAUCUAGGACUCAUCUCUCCCUUCCUUUGGUCUUCCUUUACACUCGCUUGACUGCUUAUCUCUCUCCUUUAUCGUCCGUCAAAAUGGCAACACGAAUCGACAAAGAGGCUUGCAGGGAAGCUUACAAUUUGGUCAGAGACGAUAAUACUGAUAUAAACUGGGCGGCGUUUAAAUAUGACGGCCCUACCAUUGUGCCAGCUGGACAUGGGACCGAUUACGAAGAAUUCAAGAGCCACUGUACAGACGAUGGGCGGCUCUUCGGGUUUGUGCGGUUCACGACGGGCGACGCCAUGAGCAAGCGGGCCAAGUUCACGCUGAUCACCUGGAUCGGGGAGAACGUCAGCGGACUGCAGCGUGCCAAAAUCAGCACUGACAAGACACUGGUCAAAGACGUGGUCCAGAACUUUGCAAAAGAGUUCAUGAUCAGCGAGCGCAAAGAACUAGAGGAGGAUUACAUCCGCAAUGAGCUGAAGAAAGCAGGCGGGGCCAACUACGAUGCGCAGGCAGAGUAAACCAAUCAAGCACAAAUGAGGGAACGGGGCGGGGCUUAUCUCAGCUGGACCAGAGAGACAGGGAAGACGUCAUCUCAUUUCAUACACCCUCAUCUCUCUAUCUUUCUUUCUUUCUUUCUUUCUUUCUUUCUUUCUUUCUAAUCUCCCCCCCCCCAACACAGUCAUUCUCUUACAAAUGUAUACAUCACAACACAUGCAAUCUCAGUACACAUUACAACAUGCAUGCAUACACACACACACACACACACACACACACACACACACACACACACACACACACACUCUUACACAGUAACCCAGCCCCACACCCCUGUCUGUGUAUGAUCUGUGUCCUCCGCCGGUCCCCUCUCCAGAGCGGUCAUGGUUGUGACUAUCUGCUGUACCGUGCUUCAUCUCACCCCUGUCCUAGCCACCGCCGGCUUCGCCUCGGCUCGCCUCCGGGCCUCCGUUGAUCCGGGGAGUUUUUGUAUGUCAACCCUAAUUGGACCAUCAAAAAUAGGAAGUGAGCCUUUCCCGGCUCGUCAUUGGACCAGUCUUUACCAUCACUGUGGUCUUAGUGAUUGAUUAUGCAUACUUUUUUAUUUUUUAUUUUCUUCUGUUGUGUUCCGUUGUGGUUCAAAGACUCACCCUUGGUCAAAGGAGAUCCUACCCCAUAUUCAUUUUGUUUUGUUAUUAUUUUUAUAGAUUAUGUACUCCCGUACCCCAACUGAACAGGCCACUGUGUUUACUGCCUUAAUCUCCCAUGGAGAGAGAGGUAUCAAUCAUGGGAGGUGUGUGUGCGUGUGUGUGAGUGCAAAAGGGUGUGUUUGUGUGCGCAAAAGUGUGUGUGUGUGUGUGUGUGUGUGUGUGGACACUGCACUGUGAUUGGCAGUACUCCGGGAGAGAACGUGAUUUCUGUAACCCUGAGGUGCCUCUUGAGAAGGCGAUGGUGCUGCCAUUUAGCCUGAUCUAGUAGGAGCUGCCAUGUCUCUGGUGUAGCAAUUUCAUUUUAUUUGGAUUUCAACCCAAAAGGAAUGUUUUUUCUUUUUUUUUUUUUUACAUUUUUCUUUGGAAUAUUUGUUUUUCAUAAGAAUUCUAACUCUGGUUCAUUAUGUGGAGGGGGGAAAAAAGCCAGUGAGACGUGAGAAGCAAAAGGUUGAUAUAAAAAAUUAAUAACUGGACACCAUCAUUUCAAAAUAAAAAAAUGUUGUUUUUUCAAA